CCAUCAAAACACCUUCAGCUGGCCGCAAACCAAAUCAACGAAAAUGAAAACGUGCCGAGCGUUCCAGAACCCCCUCAAAAGUUAUUAAUCUAUUAUGUUUGACAUAUAGAGACAUAUAGAGUGUUGUAAACUUCUGAAUGAAACAUGACGUUGGAAAGUGAAGUCCGCUCAAGAGUAAGGGAGAUCCAGAAUGGUAUCAGAAAUGGGAAAGAUCAUCGCCAGUUUGUUGAAUGUUUGAAAAACGUGUGCAAAUAUCUGCCCUGUGUGGAUUCAAGUAAAAAGGGAGACAAUAAGGAAAAAGAGGAGCAGGAAUGUUCUAAAAUUUUCUUAAAGAACCAUUACACAAGCUUUGCAAAGUUUCUCUUGGAUUCUGUAACAUUUGAAACUGUAGGACAUCUGACAAAGUCUGAGUUUACACAAUACUUUCUUCAUUUCUUCCUUAAUGGCUGCUGUGAGGAUGCUUUCCUGGCUGUGACAUUUGCCAUUUAUAACACAGGGCCAAGUUUUAAGUUGAACAAAUGUGUAAUUAUUCUGGAGGAGUUUUUAAAGAAACACAAGUUUGUGGAUAUUUUCCGUGAACAGAGUGCAUUAAACAAGGAUCGUGAUACACCUAUGUACAACUGGAGAAGUGAUGGCAGAGUAUUACUGUGGGAUAGCAUCAUCACUGAGAUGGCUUCACUACCUGAUAAAAUGGCAAAUAAACUACGAUCUGAGACAAGUGAUAUAUUUUUACCAAAGCACUACAUUCCACUGUUGAUAUCAGACAUUUUGAGGACCCUUGUAGCAGUUUGUAAAUAUAUACGUUUAUCAAAAGACUGUCAUCUGGAGUUUGUGAGUUGUCUGGUUGGGAAGUUGUGUCUUUGUGGGUAUGCAGAUCAGUUCUGGUUUAUUAUGUUAAAACAGACUACAACGUUGGUUAGAAAAGACUUUAUUUGGAGUAGAGUUUGUGAGAGGAUUGUAACUGGGGUUCCAGACCGAUGUAUGGAGAGUGUUCUUGUACCGCUUGUUAAACUUCUUCCAUGGUAUGGACUUAUGGACAGAUAUAUAGGAAACUGUGUAACCCAGAAACAGAAAAUACAGUUACUGCUUUGUACUAAACUUAUAUUCCAUAGACAUUACAAAUCUCCAUUGGUACUACAGAAUGUAAUAGGCUAUCUGGCAACAUCAACGCCCAGACAGCACCUCUUUAUAAAGUUAUUUCUGGAGCUGAUACAAGUAUGGGGAGACCAGAGUUCACUGAACCAUACAUCCUAUGAACAACAUUAUUAUCUUACACAAGCUUUUGUAAUCUGUAUGGCAUUUCUCACAGAGAAUCAUAAACAGGAACACAAAGAUGAAAUAUUACGUCUGCUGAUGCCUGGUAUACAGACGCAUAUUAGCUCCUCGGAACCAAAGGUUCGUAAGCUGGGAAUGUUUGUGGCAGAGAUUGUUACUACAGCCAUUGAUCCAGAGGGUCCGAAACUUAACUUUGAGGUAGAAGCAGAUGAGGAGAUAGUGGCACUGCGAGGGUUACUACAUAUACCAGAGGAUCGUGUCAUGGACUUCAUGCAUGAAGAAUUUGCCAUGAUGUUGUCCGAGAGGGCUGGAGAUUUAGUUCUGUUUGGUCUGGAUGAUGCCAGCAUAUUGGGUGAACAAGCUACAGAGGAACCAGUCAGCAAUAAGUCUCAGCAAGCUCAGAAAACACAGGAACCAGACUCCGAUCUAGACAGUGAUGAUGACCUUGAACCCUACGACAUGUCACAUGACACACAGGUUUCCAAAGUGAAGCAACCAAAGUAUAUCAGAGACUGUAUGGAAGGGUUAAUAAACUGUGAGAAUCCAGAUACAUUGGAAGCAUGUUUGGGUGCUGCAGAGAGUCUGGUUAGAGCCAACCCAGAUGGUUUAGCAGAGAUAAGUGCUGAGUUUGCCAAAGUACUGUUACACCUUACGGAAAGUUAUUCCUUGCCAUACUUCCGCAGUCAGAGGUUCAGUGUCCUGGUAGCACUGGCCGUAACCUGCCCCAAACAGGUUGCAGAAUAUUUAACAGAACAGUUUUAUGAUAGAAACUACAGCAUCAGACAACGUCUCGAUAUAAUAGAAGUUGUAGGUACAGCUGCUCAAGAGUUGUCCAGACCAGUAGAUCCCAGUAAGAAACCUACACCAGAGGUCAAGCAGAAGGUCCAGGAGCUGAGUGCAUCCAGUAGUGACCCAGAAUCUUGGCGGGAUGUGGUACAGAGACGUAUAGACAGCAAGACCAGGAGAUUUGGACAGGGCAAGACAAAACCAGACCCGCAGCCAGUCGAAAACAAAUUCUCAGCAGUAGCUGGAUAUUUCUUCUACCCAUUAAUGCAAAACUUUGACAGGAAGGAGAACACAUUCGACUUGAUGGGAGAAGAUUGUUAUGUUCUGAGUCGACUCAUGUACACACUGGGUAUAGUCAUGUAUGCUGCUUCUAAUAUACCUACAGUGAGGCAAAUGGCUAGCUGUUUGCUGGAAUUUAUUUGGGUGCUGAGAUUUCAUUCUGACUCAAAUGUACGCCAGGGUUUAUUAUUUGCAAUAUCCAUGGUUUAUCUGGCAGUCCCACCAAAUCUGUUACUUAAAGAUCUUCAGCAAGAAGUGUUUGAAUCUAAAAAUUGGCUUGAAGAUGUUAUAGACAAAGAUGUGGACACCCAGUGUAAAACAUUAGCAGUGCAGGCUUUAGUUCUUCUAGAGAAUAUAAUCAAACAGGAAUUUCUCUCGGAUAUUGAUCUUACUUGACUACAAACAUAGAGGACUUGAGAACAAGUUGGUCAUCGGAUAAAUAUAAGCACAGUGAUUGAGGCCAUAUGGGAAAACAGUUUUGUGUAUAGGACAAUACACAUUGUUCUAUUGCCUUUACAGCUCAUUAGGGAGGAGGAGACUUCAAUAUAAGUGAUUAAAUUCAUUAAAGCCAGCAGUUGUUGCCAUUUCCAGCUUAACAUUUUAGUUAUUAGUGCAGCUAACAGGAUCUUGCCUUAAUUUUUCUAAUGACUGUGUGUUUUACAGAAAGUGAGCAAAUUUGAGAAAAUUUAAUAUGUUAUCAUUCAUGUUCUUAUAAAAUUUGACAUAAUCAAGUGUAGGGUCUCGAGGGGGCGGGGGGCUAGUCUUCAAAGGUGCUGUGCUGACUUUUAAUCACUUGCCCUUUACAGCAAUAUGUUCAAAACCUCACUUGGGGUAUAGAUUUUUUCAUGCGGGGUAGUCAUCUAGCUGGCUUACAGAGAAGGUCAGUAGUGUUACCCAGUAGCUGGCUUGUGCCUUUAUAAUGCCAAGAGGGUCACCUGGGGUUUUCCUUCACCACCAAAAUCUUGAAAGUCACAAUUUGACCAAUAAUUGGGCUGAUGGGACAUUAAACAAUAAAAGAUAAGUGCAUUCAGAAUUUAUCUCAAAAUCAUUGAUUUACAACUGUUCUUAUAUCUUAGUAAUUUAAACCAAGAACUGUCAGUGAUGGCAAUAUUUGUUUGUCCCUCUGCUGACAUUUUUAAUGUUGUGUCUUGACAGUUAUAUAGCUUUAACUUAAGCUAGUAAAAAUUUUUUUUAUUACUGUUAAAGUGUACCAAUAUACUGUCAUGUAAAUUUUACUAAUUUGAAAAGAGCGAAUUCAAUUAUUCUAAAGCCCAAAUAAGUACAUGUUUGUUUUACCAAUUUUGUUUUAGUUUGAUAUGCAAGCUCAUAAAUUAUGUCCUUGUUUUAUUUCAUCUUGUAUUUAUAUAAAGGUGUUUGUUAAACAUUCAGUUGACUUUUGUGAUUAAAUUGUUGAUGUAUAA